ACCUCUCCAUGGCAAAGUUGGCGCUUUUGUGUUUCUUUCAGCGUCUUGAUGAGAAGAGUCUUGCAUCUUGAUCUUGCUAUCGCUCGAUCUUUCUGAAGAACGUGAGAGCGUAGUAUGAGUGGAUUUUUACCUGUUUCCUCGCCGUUUUAUUUCUUCGCAAAUGUGUUCAAUGGCUCAGCAUGGCAAUGUUCUAUCAGACUCCCAGGAGUCCGUACUUUUUGAUCCUUUAAUUAUGGAUCAUCUUCAAAAUGAAGUUGGGAUCGAUUUUCUAGAAGAAACGAUUUUAGAAGAGGAAAAAAAGUACGAUAUAAAUGCGUACUCUUAUAUGCAGUAUCAAGUACUCCCGGGACCCAACCCCAUCCCUUCACGGGAAGAGCUUCCUGGACCCUACAACUUUCAACUGAUGUUAAAUACUCAGGGUUCCUCAAAAAACUGGAUUUAUUCUCAGUCGUUAUCAAAAGUAUUCAUAAACAUGGAUGAAGUGCUUCCCCUUAGGUUCAAAUGGGAGCCAGCCCGGGAGGGGCUAUUUCUUCGCACGAAAAUGGUCUUUAGCCUUGAACAGCACCGAAGAGAUCCCGUUAUGCGUUGCCACAAUCACAUGGCGAUGCCCAGUAAAGCAAACGCGGGGGCAGACGGCAACAUGAUAAAAUAUGUUGUUAGGUGCCUCGAGGCACGAAGUCAACACGAAGAAAUGCCUGGGGGACACUUGUCGAUUUUAACUCCGUUGGGAACACCCGAGGUCGGCUCGAUGUAUGUCCCGGUACAUUUUAAAUUUAUGUGCAAAAAUAGUUGUACAUCCGGAAUGAACCGCCGGGCUACGGAGCUGAUAUUCACUUUAGAAAAUGGUAGGGAGGUCUUGGGACGACGUAGGCUUCAGGUCAGAAUUUGUAGUUGUCCAAAGCGGGAUAAGGAAAAGGAGGAAUUGGAAGCCACUGGUGGGCAUCGUCCUCCCAGCAAAAAAAGAAAAUUGGAUAAGAUGGAUUCGGCACUGCCACCCAUAAGCAAAAAAGUAAUCUCCACAAGUGAAGAUACAACGGUCUAUAACUUGAAUUUGGAAAUACUAGGAAAAGAAGAGGCGAUGGCCGUUAAGAAAUUCGCGUAUGAUAUUAUGGCCGGAAAAGCUUUGCGUACUGGUCAGAUGGAACAGUACAAGCCAUAUUUGAAUAAGAUUGUUAUGUAAUAGUAUAAAAGUAAUAUUCUUUUUUAAUGUAAGGGACCACAAGCAGGAAUAAGAGACUUAAAUCAUCUACACAGUUUUAGUAAUUAAAAGUCAAUUUACACAAGUUAUACUUCGCUGGCGGGGGUUUCAAUUCUUUUGUCAAAUAUGUAUCUAGAAAGCAAAUAGAAAAAGAAGUUUAUUUAAAAAAAAAAGAAAAAAAAUCGUUG